AUGGCUGAAAAUAAUAGAGUGGGUCAACAGGAUGAACGCAUACCACCAAUAGUUCCACCUCCGCAAAAUCAAGUAGCUCAACCACGUCUUCGAGACAUCCAAAGACCGGUAAUAGCUGUUAACCCUUCUUGCAUUCAAUUAUCCGAUGCAGCUAGGAAUUAUGAACUCAAGAGUUUCCAUAUGAAUUUGCUCCCUACCUUUAACGGUUUGGGAAGUGAGGAUGCUUUGGGUUUCAUGCGAGAGCUCUAUAGUACGGUACAAACUUUACCUUUGCAUAAUUUAUCUGAAGAAGAGCUUAGAAUGAAAUGUUUUCCAUAUUGCAUGAGGGGUGAUGAUAGGCAGUGGUUGUUAAAUUUACCAGAGGGUUCUUUAAGAACUUGGGAUGAUGUUUACAAUGCUUUCAUGUUUAAAUAUUACUCAUCUCAAAAGACAAUGGACUAUAGGAGUAGGAUAUGCACUUUUACUCAAAGAGAAGGGGAAUUAUUUCAUGAAGCAUGGGAUCGUUUCAAUUUGCUUUUGAGCCAAUGUCCACACCAUCAAUUUCCUUUGUUAUUGUUGACACAAUUCUUUUAUGAUGGUUUAAAUCCUAAUUGUCAGUCUCUUGUAGAUACUGCUGCAGGUGGAUACACAGGUGAUAAAAAUAGUGAUGAGUUACAAGCUAUCUUUGAGAGUCUAGCUAGUAAUUCUAGACAAAAAGCAGUGAGAGGUCGAAGAGCUGCUGUGCAUGAAAUUAGCACACAGUCUGAGUUGACAACACAAGUAGCUGAAUUGACUAAACAGAUUAACUUGUUGAUGACUCGCGAUAAUUCGAAUAGAGAAUUUUGUGCUUAUUGCAAUACAUAUGGUCAUAACUCUUCUUUUUGUAUGAAUGCAGAGUCAUCGCAACCAUCUUAUGAAGAGGCAAAUUACAUGGGAUCUAAUAUGGGGAGGCAACCACCAAGAAAUGAUCCGUUUUCCCAUACAUAUAAUCCAGGUUGGCGAAAUCACCCUAACUUCUCAUGGAGAGAUCAAGGUAAUGCAAGGUCAAUGGGACCACCUAGAUUUCAGCAACCAGGGCCAUCAGGAUCUCAGCAUCAGCAAUACAGACCCUUCCAGCAGCCACCUGCACCACAACAACCUCAACUUCCUACUCAGGAAAAGAAGCCUCAACUAGAGGAGAUGUUCAUGCAAUACAUGGCUAGCCAGGAUACUAUGAUGAAGAAGCUAGAUGCAAAGAUUGAUAAAGUUGCCCAGUCCAGCCAAGCAUCCAUUCAUAAUUUAGAGGUGCAAGUAGGUUAG